UUUUAAUUAAAAACACAGCCAUAGGUCUUUACCCACAUUCUUCCAUCUUGCAAAACUAUCAGAGCCGCCAAAGUCGUUCAGUCAGGAUAUCCAUCCUUAGUGGGUCCUUUCAGAGCCACAACUAUCCCAAACUUUUUUUUUCGUGUUUAUCGGUACCAGGGAUCGAACUCAUGACUGCGUGCUUGCAAGGCAGGCGCUUAUGCCGCUGAGCUAAAUCCCCAGCCUCUAUCCCAAACUUUUAACGUGUCACAAGGUUUAUCCAGUGGCUAAAACCUGGAAAAAGACGGCUCAGGAUGACCAUAUACUCCAUUCUGUAAGAAAGCAGGGCAAAGGCAGGACGCAGGCCCCACCCCUUCCGCUUCGGACGACCAACCGUCACUCGAGAGCAUAAGCACUUCCGCUUGCGGCCGAGAAAGCCUAAAUCGCUGCUUGCGUCCAGCGCUCUGCCACCGCCCUAUCCAAAAUGGCGGACCUCCACCGCCAACUGCAGGACUACCUGGCGCACGGGAAAGCAGGCCGGCCGGUAGACGCGGAGCCGCUGCUGGCGCCGGAGACGGCGGAAGAGCCCGCGGGAAGAAGCGGACCAGCAGGGGCGUGGCUGGGCCACGCAGGCCUGCCGUGGACUUGGGCGCGGAGCCCCGCAGAGCCGGCAGCGACCGGCUCGGCCUGCGUACCGAACGUGACACGCGGGCAGCGGCUGGCAGCUGGCGGCGGAUGUCUGCUUCUAGCCGCGCUCUGCUUCGGCCUGGCCGCGCUCUACGCGCCUGUGUUGCUGCUGCGCGCUCGCAAGUUCGCGCUGCUCUGGUCGCUGGGCUCGGCACUGGCGCUGACUGGCGGCGCGCUGCUGAGGGGCGGGGCGGCAUACGAACGCCUGCUGCGCUGCGAGGAAACACCGUCGCGGCCCGCGCUCGCCUACCUGGCCGCGCUGGGCGCCACGCUGUACGCGGCGCUGGCCUUGCGCAGCACGGCCCUCACUGUGCUGGGCGCCUGCUCGCAGGGGGCGGCGCUGCUCGCCUGGCUCGUGAGCCUGCUGCCCUGGGGCGGUGCUACCGCCCUGCGCCUCGCCUUUGGCCGCGUGCGCCGCGCCACCGGCCUGGCCGAUGCGCUAUCAGUGUAAGCCGCGACCUGACGCCCGAAGCCGGCGGCUCACUCCGGCCACCCCUACGGACUGUCAGCGAGCCCGAGCUCGGAUGGCUGCCACGGAUUGAGACGCCAGCGCUGCGGAGGAGCCGGGAAGCCAGUGCGCAGAACGGACCGGUGUCACCACGUUGGCGACAGCAUCUCAGAAACCGG